CGGCCUGUGAUUGGCUCAGGGAUUUUUUUUCGCAGCAGGGCUCUAGCGACGCACACAUUCUCGAAAAUUCAAGAGUAACUUUCCGCUUUUCCUCCUUCCCACUGAACAAUCCACGCCCAACGCCCAGCCGCAGUCGACAACUCUUGCACCACCCAACGCCGGCAAGAUGAAGUUGAACAUCUCCUACCCUGCCAAUGGCAGCCAGAAGCUCAUCGACAUUGAGGAUGAGCGCAAGCUCCGCGUCUUCAUGGAGAAGCGCAUGGGCGCUGAGGUCCCCGGUGACUCCGUCGGCGACGAGUUCAAGGGCUACAUCUUCCGCAUCACCGGCGGCAACGACAAGCAGGGUUUCCCGAUGAAGCAGGGUGUCAUGCACCCUACCCGUGUCCGCCUCCUCCUCUCCGAGGGACACUCCUGCUACCGCCCCCGCCGCACCGGCGAGCGCAAGCGCAAGUCCGUCCGCGGCUGCAUCGUCGGCAUGGACCUCUCCGUCCUCGCCCUCUCCGUCGUCAAGCAGGGCGAGGCCGACAUCCCCGGCCUCACCGACGUCGUCCACCCCAAGCGCCUCGGCCCCAAGCGCGCCACCAAGAUCCGCAAGUUCUUCAGCCUCACCAAGGAUGACGAUGUCCGCAAGUACGUCAUCCGCCGCGAGGUCCAGCCCAAGGGCGAGGGCAAGAAGCCUUACACCAAGGCUCCCAAGAUCCAGAGACUCGUCACCCCCCAGCGUCUCCAGCACAAGCGCCAUCGCAUCGCCCUCAAGCGCCGCCAGUCCGAGAAGGUCAAGGACGAGGCCAACGAAUACGCCCAGGUCCUCGCCAAGCGCGUUGCCGAGCGCAAGACCGAGAAGGCCGAGCUCCGCAAGCGCCGCGCCUCCUCCAUGCGCAAGUAAACUUGUCGUCAUGGCGGCGGUGUUGUUGCGUUGGGACUCAUGAAAAAAGUGAAAGAUUACUCGGGUCUUCUGGUUUUCUUGCAUUGGCGUGGAAAAAGGGAAAUGGGGCACUGGGAACUUCUUGUUAUGAAACCAGUUUUCAGUCACAUCACAUGAAUGUAAUAGGGCAUUCAAAAAUGGAAAUGCACAUCCUUUUGACACGCGAAAUACCACCACAAGCAAUUGUUUUAUGA